AUGUAUGGAGAAGAAGAGUUUCCCAGAAGAGUAUAUAGAAUGGAGGAACUGUAUUUUAUGGGUGCACCAGUGCCUCAAUACGCAUAUGCGUCUCAGGUGCCAAAAAUGGGUGUCAGCCACGUUCUAGGUCAUAUUUUACUCGUAAGAUGCUCUGCACAGAAAGAUUACUAG